GGGUGAGUUGCACCCCACCUGCAUUUCUCAGUAAUAAAGUCCUCCACCAUCUCCCAUGUAAAAAUUUAUGUACUUUUUUUCACUGCUGUUCAACUCACCAUGCAAUUUUAUUUUAUUUAAUGCUCAGUGGAUCUGAAUUUCAUCUCUAGCUCUGCACAUGCAUCUCAAAAAUCCAUGGUUUUAAGGUUUCUCCUGCAAUGCCCAUCUGGGGUUCGUGGUUUUUGUUGUUUUGACACUGAACCCACUGUUCAUUUGGUGUACUGGGUGUGGAAAUUUUCCAUGGAAAUAUAGCAUUGCAUUGGGCUUUUGGGGUUAAUUCCUUUUUAGUGGGUGCAUUUUCAUAUAUGGGUUCUUUGCUACAGUGAAGAAGGUUCAAGAUAUUAAGGGUUUUUUUGGUUAUUAUUGAUCCUUUUGUCUGAUAUAGUAAAUAUAUAUGGCAAAGAGUAUUUAGUUACUUGUAAAAGUAAACCCAUAUAUCUUCUUUACCAAUUGGGGUAGUAUUUUCUGCUGGGUUCUGUAUGCCAUGUGCUGAAUUUUUGUUUUUCUUGAAGAAGUACUAGAAUUUGGGCGAGGGAGUCAUCUUGGGCUUUCAGGCUACCUUCAUAACAUAGAAGUAUUUCAAAGUUCUAAAUACUAAACCAGAAUGAAUUAGUGUUUGUGUGGGGAUGAAACUAGGGCAGUUUAAAGUGCCUUUUAGAGAUCUCAAUUAAGGUUGUUGGGCUGGCAGAUUUCAAGAGAAGAUCUGGAUCAUUUCAAUCUAUUUCGGAUACAUACUGCAACUUUUAUUGGAAUUAUAUUUUGGCUAAGAGUGUGUUGGGAAUAUAUAUAGUUGAGUGCACCCACAAGAUCUUCCAAGUUCAUAGCAUUAGAUCAGAUAGGAAGAGUCGAGAUGAGGUCUAUAGAGGACAAGGGCUGCUGCAACUAUGGACCAACUAAGGAUAUUUCAAGUAGCAGUGCCAUUAGUUUCGAGUUUCCUAAGGGGAAUGGAACAAAUCGAACCACUCAUCAUCGAACAGCCUUAGGCAAACCAACCCCAUCAAAAUGGGACGAUGCUCAGAAAUGGCUAGUGGGGUUGUCUAGAGGGGGAGAGAAAAAUCAGUCCAAAACCAAGCCCAGAAACUCAAACGCGGAUGACAGGAGGUUAAUAGCUCCAGUCCCUCAGAAAGAAAAGGAUUAUUCAAGCUGUGAGGAUGAAGGAGAAGAAGAAGCAAAUGGGUGCCCUGGCCCUGCUUCUUCAAAUCAGUACCAAGUGGAAACAAAGAAGGUAGACUGUGAUGAAUCCUUUUGGCAAAUCAACAAGGCUUCAGAAGAUUCCUCAUCAGCUGUUAGAUCCAUAUGCGUGAGGGAUAUGGGGACUGAGAUGACCCCCAUUGCUAGCCAAGAGCCCUCAAGAACAGCUACUCCCAUUAGAGCAACCACCCCUGUGGCUAGAAGCCCCAUAUCUUCUGGGUCCUCUACUCCAGGGAGGUGUUAUCAGACUGGUUUGAGUUCAACAGAGAGCAGAGGCGAGGCAGCCCCUGUUGAUAGGCGGCAUGGUAGGUUUAGCUCGGAUGGGGAAGAGUCCAAUGCUUGCAAGAUGCCUGAGAACAAGAAUUCAGAACAUGCUAGAAAACCUAAUCCUCUGGACACCCGAGCAACGGCCUGGGACGAGGCGGAACGAGCCAAGUAUCUUGCAAGGUAUAAGCGCGAAGAAGUGAAGAUACAAGCCUGGGAAAAUCAUGAGAAAAGGAAAGCUGAGAUGGAAAUGAGAAGAAUGGAGGUGAAGGCUGAUAAAUUGAAAGCUCGGGCGCAAGAGAAAUUGGCAAACAAAAUUGCUGCAACCAGGAGAAUAGCUGAAGAGAAGCGUGCAAGUGCCGAAGCCAAACUGAAUGAGAAAGCUGCAAGGACUUCUGAAAGGGCAGAUUACAUAAGGAGGACUGGUCGUUUGCCCUCUUCUUUCUACUUCAAGUUGCCUUCCCUCUGCUGGUAGCUAGUCUCUCUGAAAUGUAUUUACAUGUAAUAUUUGUCAGUGAUUUUUUUUUUUUUUUUUGUGCCAUGUUUCUUUUACAAUAUCAACUUUUGAAUCCACUGCAAGUUAUUUGAUUAUGUCAACUGCCAAAAAAAAUUGCAUUUACAGGGUCUUUAUGCCUUGAAUAAAUUGCAGAAUCCCCUUUUUGAGUAA